UUCCGGUUAUCCCGUAACGUGUGUGAGGUAAAGAGAUUCAUAAGGAGGAGGGAUACUUUGUGAAAUCCAAAACAAUCCAGCAAUGCAAUAAACGUUAACAUAUACUAAUCUUAUUAGUUUGCACAGUUCAAUAUAUUUUUGCAAGGAUGAAGCAAAUCGUGACAAGUCAAACUGUGAAAAUACCUGAGGGGCUGACUGUCACAGUCAGGUCCCGUUUGGUAACUGUCAAAGGACCAAGAGGUAUACUUAAACGGUCAUUUAAGCAUCUUGCACUUGACAUCCGUAUGAUCAGUCCAAGGCUACUAAAAGUAGAAAAAUGGUUUGGUACCAAGAAAGAAUUAGCCGCUGUACGUACUGUCUGUUCCCACAUAGAAAAUAUGCUAAAAGGUGUAACAAAGGGUUAUCAGUACAAAAUGCGAGCUGUAUAUGCUCAUUUCCCUAUUAAUUGUGUUACAACUGAAAAUAACACAGUUGUUGAAAUCCGUAACUUCUUGGGUGAGAAGUAUAUACGUCGUGUGAAAAUGGCACCAGGUGUAACUGUUACAAACUCAGGUAAACUAAAGGACGAACUGGUAAUCGAAGGAAAUUCCUUAGAAGAUGUCUCCCGAUCUGCUGCCCUAAUACAGCAGUCUACAACUGUAAAGAACAAGGAUAUUAGGAAGUUCUUAGAUGGUCUCUAUGUAUCUGAGAAAACAACAGUUGUACAAGACGAAUAAAUGUUACUCACAAUUUGAACA